GCCCUGAGGAUCCGUCCCCGGGCGCCGACGACCGAGCUCCGCCCCUCGCCGCACCGCUCCCUCCGCGGCGGCAGGCAGAGCUUGCUCAGCUCUGCGGACGCCGCCGCCUUCAUUACCUCCUCCUUCUCCCGCCGGUGUGCGAGGGCCUCGCCCGGCAGCGGCACUGUCCUGGGUGGGCGGCUGGGCUCGCGCGGCUGCUGAGCGCUCGGCGCGGGGAAGCCAGAUCCUCCGCCCGCGCGGCGUCGUGACAGGUGCAGAGUCUGGUCUGAAGAUCCACCUGCGGUGGCCGCCGCGAUGCCCACCAUGCGGAGGACCGUGUCGGAGAUCCGCUCCCGCGCGGAGGGUUAUGAGAAGACUGAUGAUGUUUCAGAGAAGACUUCACUGGCUGACCAGGAGGAAGUAAGGACUAUAUUCAUCAACCAGCCCCAGUUGACAAAAUUCUGCAAUAACCAUGUCAGCACUGCAAAAUAUAAUGUAAUCACAUUCCUUCCGAGAUUUCUCUACUCUCAGUUCAGAAGAGCCGCUAAUUCAUUUUUUCUCUUUAUUGCACUGCUUCAGCAAAUACCUGAUGUAUCACCAACAGGUCGCUACACAACACUGGUUCCUCUCUUAUUUAUUUUAGCUGUGGCAGCUGUCAAAGAGAUAAUAGAAGAUAUUAAACGACAUAAAGCUGAUAAUGCAGUGAACAAGAAACAGACCCAAGUUUUGAGAAGUGGUGCUUGGGAAAUUGUGCACUGGGAAAAGGUGGCAGUAGGGGAAAUAGUGAAAGUGACCAAUGGGGAACAUCUCCCAGCAGAUCUCAUCAGCUUGUCCUCAAGUGAGCCCCAGGCCAUGUGCUACAUUGAAACAUCCAACUUAGAUGGUGAAACAAACUUGAAAAUUAGACAGGGCUUACCAGCAACAUCAGAUAUAAAAGACAUUGACAGUUUGAUGAGAAUUUCUGGCAGAAUUGAGUGUGAAAGUCCAAACCGACAUCUCUACGAUUUUGUUGGAAACAUAAGGCUUGAUGGACACAGCACUGUUCCCCUGGGAGCAGAUCAGAUUCUUCUUCGAGGCGCUCAAUUGAGAAAUACACAGUGGGUUCAUGGAAUAGUUGUCUACACUGGACAUGACACCAAGCUGAUGCAGAAUUCAACAAGUCCACCACUUAAACUCUCAAAUGUAGAACGGAUUACAAAUGUACAAAUUUUGAUUUUAUUUUGUAUCUUGAUUGCCAUGUCUCUUGUCUGUUCUGUGGGCUCAGCCAUUUGGAAUCGAAGGCAUUCUGGAAAGGACUGGUAUCUCAGUCUAAACUAUGGUGGUGCUAAUAAUUUUGGACUGAAUUUCUUGACCUUCAUCAUCCUUUUCAAUAACCUCAUUCCUAUCAGCUUGUUGGUUACAUUAGAAGUGGUGAAAUUUACCCAGGCAUACUUCAUAAAUUGGGAUCUUGACAUGCACUAUGAACCCACAGACACUGCUGCUAUGGCUCGAACAUCUAAUCUGAAUGAGGAACUUGGCCAGGUAAAAUACAUAUUUUCUGACAAAACUGGUACUUUGACAUGCAAUGUAAUGCAGUUUAAGAAGUGCACCAUAGCUGGAGUUGCUUAUGGGCAGAGCUCACAGUUUGGAGAUGAAAAAACAUUUAGUGAUUCAUCAUUGCUUGAAAACCUCCAAAAUAAUCAUCCAACUGCACCUAUAAUAUGUGAAUUUCUUACAAUGAUGGCAGUUUGUCACACAGCAGUACCAGAGUGGGAAGGUGAUAAGAUUAUUUACCAGGCAGCAUCUCCAGAUGAAGGAGCCUUGGUCAGGGCAGCCAAGCAACUGAAUUUUGUUUUCACUGGAAGAACACCUGACUCAGUGAUUAUAGAUUCACUGGGGCAGGAAGAAAGAUACGAAUUGCUCAAUGUCUUGGAGUUCACCAGCGCUAGAAAAAGAAUGUCAGUGAUUGUUCGCACUCCAUCCGGGAAGUUACGACUUUACUGCAAAGGAGCCGACACUGUAAUUUAUGACCGACUGGCAGAGACUUCAAAAUACAAAGAUAUUACCCUAAAACAUUUAGAGCAGUUUGCUACAGAAGGGUUAAGAACUUUGUGUUUUGCCGUGGCUGAGAUUUCAGAGAACGACUUUCAGGAGUGGCGAGCGGUCUAUCAGCGGGCAUCCACGUCCGUGCAGAACAGGCUGCUGAAACUGGAAGAGAGCUACGAGUUAAUUGAAAAGAAUCUUCAGCUACUUGGAGCCACAGCCAUCGAGGAUAAAUUACAAGAUCAAGUGCCUGAAACCAUAGAAACUCUAAUGAAAGCAGACAUCAAAAUCUGGAUCCUUACAGGAGACAAGCAGGAAACUGCCAUUAACAUUGGACACUCCUGCAAACUUUUGAGGAAGAACAUGGGAAUGAUUGUUAUAAAUGAAGGCUCUCUUGAUGGAACAAGGGAAACUCUCAGUCGUCACUGCACUACCCUUGGUGAUGCUCUUCGGAAGGAGAAUGACUUUGCUCUUAUAAUUGAUGGGAAAACCCUCAAGUAUGCCUUAACUUUUGGAGUACGGCAGUAUUUUCUGGACUUAGCGUUGUCGUGCAAAGCUGUUAUUUGCUGCAGGGUUUCUCCUCUUCAAAAAUCGGAAGUUGUUGAGAUGGUUAAGAAACAAGUUAAAGUCAUAACACUUGCCAUUGGCGAUGGAGCAAAUGACGUCAGCAUGAUACAGACGGCACAUGUUGGAGUUGGAAUAAGUGGCAAUGAAGGCCUUCAGGCAGCUAAUUCUUCUGACUACUCCAUAGCUCAGUUCAAAUAUUUGAAGAAUUUGUUGAUGGUUCAUGGUGCCUGGAACUAUAACAGAGUCUCCAAGUGCAUUUUGUACUGCUUCUACAAGAAUAUAGUCCUCUAUAUUAUUGAGAUCUGGUUUGCCUUCGUUAAUGGCUUUUCUGGACAGAUCCUCUUUGAGAGAUGGUGCAUAGGUCUUUAUAACGUGAUGUUUACAGCAAUGCCGCCCUUAACUCUGGGAAUAUUUGAGAGAUCAUGCAGAAAAGAGAAUAUGUUGAAGUAUCCUGAAUUAUACAAAACGUCUCAGAAUGCCCUGGACUUCAACACCAAGGUUUUCUGGGUUCAUUGUUUAAAUGGCCUCUUCCACUCAGUUAUUCUGUUUUGGUUUCCACUAAAAGCCCUUCAGUAUGGUACUGUAUUUGGAAGUGGGAAAACCUCUGAUUACCUGCUGUUGGGAAACUUCGUUUACACUUUUGUGGUGAUAACUGUGUGUUUGAAAGCUGGAUUGGAGACAUCAUAUUGGACCUGGUUCAGCCACAUAGCGAUCUGGGGCAGCAUCGCACUCUGGGUGGUGUUUUUUGGAAUCUACUCAGCUCUGUGGCCUGCUGUCCCCAUGGCCCCUGAUAUGUCAGGAGAGGCAGCCAUGUUGUUCAGUUCCGGAGUCUUUUGGACAGGCCUGUUAUUUAUUCCUGUGGCAUCUUUGCUUCUUGAUGUGGUGUACAAAGUUAUCAAGAGGACUGCUUUUAAAACAUUAGUGGAUGAAGUUCAGGAGCUGGAGGCAAAAUCUCAAGACCCAGGAGCAGUUGUGCUUGGAAAAAGCCUCACGGAGAGGGCGCAACUGCUCAAGAAUGUCUUUAAGAAGAACCACGUGAACUUGUACCCAUCAGAAUCAUUGCAACAAAACCUGCUCCACGGGUAUGCUUUCUCUCAAGAUGAAAAUGGAAUCGUCUCACAGUCUGAAGUGAUUAGAGCAUAUGAUACCACAAAGCAGAGACCCGACGAGUGGUGACAGCGGGAGGGGUGAGAGGCCAGCUCUGCCAUGUCUCUAAGGGGAGCUCCCAGGUCUUCACCAGAAUCUGCUGACCAAUUCCAGUCUGGUCCAAGAAGGGGAAAUGGAUCUGAACUCAUCUCAUUGACUGACAUUCAGAUUCAUGUAUAUUAUAGACAUAAGCACUGUGCAACUAUACUGUAACACCAUCUCUUUCAGAUUUUCUAAAGUAUUUACUAAGUCUUUGUAAACAGAAAUGGAAAAUGACCUUGUAUCUUGCCAGAGUGUUUUCUUAAACUGAGAAUAGGUCAGUAUUCUUACGCUGUUACUCUGGGGCUGCAACUAACUAUCAGUGUCUUGGAUAUACCACAAGGCGACCGACCUUUACAAAUCUCUAACAUGGUAGUAAGUUAAAGGGACUCCUUGAUAUCCAUUUUAGAUUUCAGAAUAUGCUGAAAAAAACCAGCCUUCUUAAGGAAGCGACUCACUGAGCAAAAUUUCUA